UCCUGUUUAUGAUCGUUUCAUUGACACUACUUUGCCUAUCAUUGCACAAGUAAAAUUUAAAAAAAUGCGAACUGUGAAGCAAGACACUUGUUGGCAUUCUCGAAUCACUGUGAAAAAGAUAGAUGAAGAAAUGUUAACAUAACGAUAUCGAAGUGCGAUGUCACGCAGCCUCCCAGAGAGAGUGGCUGGGCUUUAUUAUGCCCAUGGCCUGUGUUGCUCUUCACAUCCUAUUACUGUUAUUUCUUUAGCAGUUUCUAUUAUUUUACUAUGUUGUUCUCCAUUAGUAAAUCUACCGAUGCCAGGCGUUGCCCCAAAAAUUGUUGUGAACAAUUCAAUGGGACCUAUAAAUGGUUCAGAAAGUCCUGCAUUGUAUAUUCAACAAGUAGUUCUUCGUACAGCUGUUAUACCGUGGGAUAAAGAUCUUUCAUUAUCUGAUGCUUUUAGAGGACCACUCUUUGAAGUUUUUAAUUUAUUGGAAAUCAUUCAAAAUUACGAGAAUACAGAAAGCUUAAAAUCUUUAGCACAAGUUUGUUUACAUAUUGAAGCUAUAAAAAAACGGAAUGUUAAAAAGCUUGAAGUUUUACCAGAAUAUAAUUGUUUAGUAUUAUCACCAGCGAAUCUUUGGCAACAAAGUAUAGAAGCAUUUAAUCAAGACACUAAUCUCAUUGGCACUGUUUUCUCUUAUCAGAAUAUUCAAAAAGGAAAAAUAAGUACUGCUGAAAUGUUGUUUGGUAUGAGUCUCAAAGAAACAGGUGUAAAGCGAUAUCCAUUAAGAAUUCGACAAAGAAUAUUGCAAUAUGCAGUGACAAUAUUUUUAAAAGAAUAUGAUCCUGUUUUUAUAAAAGGAUUAAGACAGCGAUUACAAGCUCUUUAUCCAUUACAUCAAUCUUAUGAUAAUAAUGAUUCAUUUUCAAUUCCUAUUGAUGAAACUCUUCAUAUAUUUUACCCUGGUGAAUUUAAUUACAGUGACUUUUUUCCAUUGACUAUGACUUUUGUUGCAUUAUUUGUUUAUGUAUACUUCUCAGUUAGAAAAAUCGAAUUAAUUAAGUCAAAAGUUGGUAUGGCCUUUAGUGCUACGGUAACAGUAAUUGCAUCUUUAUCGAUGAGUGUAGGUUUAUGUUUCUUUUUUGGUUUAACAUUGAGUCUAAGUGGAAAAGAAGUAUUUCCAUAUUUAGUAGUAAUUGUUGGAUUAGAGAAUGUUCUAGUACUUACUAAAAGUGUAGUAAGUACACCUGCACAUUUGGAUGUAAAAAUUCGUGUAGCCCAAGGGCUAUCUAAAGAAGGAUGGUCUAUAACGAAAAAUUUAUUAACGGAAGUGACGAUUCUUACUAUUGGUUUAUUCACAUUUGUACCAGCUAUUCAAAAAUUUUGUAUUUUUGCAAUUGUUGGUCUUCUAAAUGAUUUCUUCUUACAAAUGGUUCUGUUUUCAACUACACUUGCAAUUGAUAUUCGAAGAAAAGAAAUGUCGACACAAAAUUCAAAAUUUCAUUUAAAAAAUAUACCUCCAUUGAGAAAACAACAAUUUAUAACUAAAAUUUCAAAUAAAAAACCGAAUAUUUUUCGAUCCAAAUCUCAUCCCAGAUUAAAUGGAAUGAUUCCAGCAAAUGGUCCGACCAAUGUUAUAGCUCCAAAUAAUCAAAAUACAUUAACUUUGGUAAAGAUUCCAAAACGCUUAAGGUUGGUUCAUUUUUGGGCAAGAACAAGAAUAUUUCAACGAGCUUUCAUGGUCUGGAUGGUCGUGUGGAUCAGUAUGAUAAUAUAUAAUUCUGGUAUUAUUGAACAUGUUAUUCAUCUAGGAGAAACUUUAAAAUCAGAAACAGAUAUUGAGGGAUAUACCAUUGAAAGACCACAAUCUAUAGAUAAUUAUAUCAAAAUGAAUACUGUGAAAUCUAUUGUAGCAGUCCCUACUACUUCACCUCCAAGUAGCCUAAAUAAACAGAAUAAUCAAUUGUCAAAUAAUUUGACAGAAGAGUUAAAUAAGUUACGACCUGUAGAUUUUCCACCCUGGAAUCGACUUUCCUUAUACCACUGGUCAUCAAUACUCUCAUUAUACAAUGUAUCUAUGGCCGGGGAACGUAUAACGAUUCUUCCAACUAUCAAACUUUCGCAUGCCGUUGGACCAUUAUCAGUUAGACAAAUCAGUAAUACAAAUGAUGUACAACAAUUUCACUGGCAAAGUUUCGCGACUGCAGCCUUGGAUCCUCUGGACUUUUCUGAUAUGGAAGUACCAAUAAGAAGUGAAAGUCGUAGCUUCAACACCGACACACCUUUCAUUCCUUCAACUCCUAUGGAGAUAUUUUUGGCUGCAGUAUUGUGCCUUAUUAGUGUUGUAGUGGUUGUGUAUACUAUGGUGGUACUUUAUCGUUGCAUUUGCUCGCGUAAUUAUGCAGAAUGGCGGGCGAGUUGGUCAUCAUCGCAAGAAAAAAAUAGUCAUGAUUCGGCAACACAAUUGGUACUUGAGGCAGUGCCACUCGUGUUGGAAGGACACAUGCAAGAGAUUGAAUGCAUUACUACAGAUGGUAAUACUGUCGCAAGCUCAUGUCUGAUGGGUCACAUCAGAGUUUGGGAUUCGUUGUCCGGUGAGCAACUGGCACACAUUGAUAGGAAGCGAUUUUUUAGCAAUUCACAUAACGAGGGUGUACAGUUGUUGAGAGAUCAGGAUGAAUUAAUGUCUGAUUAUGAAAGCGGAUCACCUCCAUCUCGUGGUGAAAUGGAAAGUUCAACAUCACUGGGCAUGUAUUCAAGCAUUCCCAGUAUGCAUAAACGUAUAUGUUCACCAUCAGCCUCAAUCUCCAUGCUUAAUCGUAUAAAUGAUAUCAACAGUCCACUUUCAACUAAACGUUAUUCCAUAGGUAGUAAUAAUCUUGACUAUGAAUACCAGAUUAGUGAGGGAACAGAUAGGCGUCGUUUCGUACGUAGAAGCCUUGACCAGACUUUUGAUUUCCCUGAUUUGCGUCCGAGUAUCAAUACCAAGUUCACCUCUAAUAAUUUCAUUUCGAAUUCUUUACAACAAAAGAAUUAUAAGUGCGGGUUCGACUUUGGCGACCAGUAUAAACAAAUCUUUAAUGAGCAUAGAAAGUCAACGAUUGGUAGUGGUGAAAUGUGCAGUGCGCCCAAUAAUGAAGGACUAUCUAACAGUUUGCCAAAGCUAGGACUUAUAAAUGAUUUAACAGACAGCGCAAAUUCAUUAAGUACUGAUAAGACUUUACAAAUUAAAUAUGAAGUUUCAUCUAUUUGGUGUAUGGAUUACCAAGAGAAUCUGAUUGUAAUUGGCUGUGCAAAUGGUAGUUUAGAGUUUUGGGAAGGAACAACAGGGAAAUUUAAGUGUUUAUUUGAUGAUGGAUCUGGAGUUGGCAUUUCUGCUGUUAAAUUCGUUGGAAAUCGGGUAGUAGUAGCAAAGUUGAAUGGUUCUGUAGAUUUUCUACAACUUGAAAGCUAUAGUGAAGGGCAACAAAUUGACUGGGGAUUUACGUCCUAUAGAAGGACGCAUGUUCGGACUGGUAGUGCCGGAUCACCGAUGGACUUAAAUAACAUUAUGCAGUCGGAAGAAGAUAUGCGUUGUAUGAAAAUAGGCUCUCAUAGAGCUCAUCAACAAGCAAUAACUGUUUUAGACAGCGAAGGUGGUCGCGUUUUAACAGGAAGCCAAGAUCAUACUCUUAAAGUUUACAGACUAGAAGAUCAAUUACCUUUAUAUACACUGCAUGGUCAUUGUGGUCCUAUUUCUUGUCUUUUUAUUGAUAGAAUUAGUCCAAUGACUUCUGGUAGUGGAUCGCAAGAUGGUUUGCUAUGUGUAUGGGAUCUUUCUACCGGAACAUGCGUGUAUAGUAUCCAAGCACAUGAUGGUGCUGUAGCAGCAAUUACUUGCUCUGCCUCAUACGUUGUAAGUAUUGGUGCAGAUGAAAAAUUGUGCGUUUGGGAACGUUUUCAAGGUCACUUGUUGCAUGCUCUUCCAGCGCAUAGAGCAGCAUACAGCUUACAACUGGCAAUGCUUACGCAUCAUUUACUUAUCACUAGUAGUCAGGGAUCGUUAAUAGUUUGGGAUGUUAGAACUGGUGAACCAAUCCGAGAAGUAAGACUGGGUCAUAAGGACAGCUGCAUUUUUGUAAAGCAAAUGCUACCAUUGCGGGAUAGUAUCGUAUGUGAUUUUGGUAGACAACUUAGGAUAGUAAGAUUUCCUCUGGUUUCUGACAAAAUAGAUUGAAGACACAGUGAUUUAGUCUGAGUGUAUUAAUGGAUAAUCAAUCAUAACUGUAAGAUGAAAAGGAUAAUUUUGUGUUCGAAAAAUUGAUAUAUUUUCGUACGACAAAAUUUUUAGAAGUUUUUAUGACUGAAUCCCAAUGUAUAGAUUAAUUAGUAAAAGAUUUUUGUAAAAAUAAAUUGUUAACAUGUUUUUGAUAAA